AUGGACUUGUUUUCCCUCCCUUCCUUCUACCUCAGCGCACCCACAAGUCCUAUUGGUUGCAGCCCACAAAACCUCAAAUUCUAUAGCACAAGGACGAGCCCAUUACGCCAGAUCAAUAACCAGGAGAACAGUGAUGAGGAGUUUGAUUUCGGGACUAGUAUGAGAUUAACUAAUGGAUUUGACCAGGAGCACGAGUAUAGGCUACCAGCUCGAGCUAAUUCGUUUUCAACAAUGGCGUUUGCAGAUGAACUCUUCUGUAAUGGUCAAGUUUUGCCAUUGAAACUUCCUCCACGGCUCCAGCGAUCAGUUCCUACGUCACCAAGGUCACUGAGCUCACGCAUCAAGAACCCAUUUGUACAGCAGUGCACAUGGAAUGAUGAUUUUGAUCCUUUCAUGAUUGCAUUGGAGAAGGUGAGUGAUGAAACACGUGGAAGGAUGAGCAUCCAUAGGCGGUCUCGCUCAUAUUCACCUUUUAGUGCCCGUGCUAUUUCACACACUGGAAACUGGAAACAAGAGCAGCCGCAACACAAAAAUCUCGUUAGAGAUUUGGAAGCAAAGGAACCAAUCGUAACCAUGGAGCGCAAAGGUUCGAUGUACUCAAGAUGGGUAAGAAGUCAAACAAUGAUAAAAAAUCAAAGCCCAAAAGCCCGAACCAUGAUAAAAAAGCUGGGCAGACGGGUGAGAGAUGCCAAUUUUAGCCAGAAGGAAUUCUUGAAGCCGAUGAAGAAGCCUAAUGAACCGGCGUCAUGUACAGAAUCAAAGAUGCAGAAAGUGAAGUCAGUUUUGCUCAGGUAUGCAUCUGUAAAGAAGGAAACUCCGGAACUCAAUCAAAAAAGAGAAAUAGUAACCAUGUCGAAAAUAAGUUACUUCAAGCGAUUUAGCCUUUCAUUCAAGACAAAUCUCAGGAAAAAGGAAUUGAUAGAAUCCAAAAUAGCUGUUGCAAAACAUGACAAAAAACCUCCACGAUGCUUUGGUUAUGCUCCUCAAGUUCCAACGAUAAAGCAAGAACUAUGA